AAUAAAUAAUGAAAUAGAAUAUAGUAAAAUUAAUUUCACUUUAAAUUUUUUAAUAAUAUUUUCCUUCAAUGUCAAAUAUAAGGCAAAGUAUAUAUUUAUGAAAGAUGAUUAAACUUAAAUUACAAUCUAUUUGGAUAUUAUUGCUUAUUAGUUUUUUAACUAACAUUGCAGAAGCUUCAAAUCUCAUAGUUAUUCAUAAGCCCACAUUUUUAGAUAUAAAAAUUGAUGUGAUUCAAAAUAUUAACAAGUUUAUAAUGAACUUAUAUGGAAUAUUUGACGAUUGCAAUUGUGAAGAACCACUUGCAGUUGAAUUUAAAUAUCCAUUUAUAUACCCCUGUCAUAUUUCACUUUCUAUUUCUUAUAUAAAUACAACCUUUCAAUACAAACAAGAAAUUGAUCAUUUGCAUAAUAUUUUAGAUUAUGAAGAAAGCAAUAACAAGGAAAUAAUUGAAAAAAAAUUAAAAAUUUUGAAGGAAAACUUGAAAAAUAUUAGAAAUAUUAAUCAAUUAAAUGAAAGUGACUUUGUUUUUGUUUGGAAAAAUAACAUAAAACAUGAUAAUUUACCAGAUUUAUUAAAAAAUAUAAUUGAUAUUCAAAAAGAUUUGAAGAAUUCCUCAUCCUCAGAUUUUAUAGAAUUAGUUCUUUUAUUAACAUCAGAUCAUCAUCAAAGGUCAAUAAGGGAAGUUGUAGAUGAAAACAUUCCCCCACAGGAUGUGCAAUUGAUGAAUAUUAAAAAAUCCCUUACACAACCAACACCACAAAAAUAUUCAGCAAUUUUUAAUAUAAUAUUUUGGACAAGUUUAAUAUUGGCUUUGACUGUGUAUGUUCUUGUAGUAAGUUUAUGGCAUGUUGAUCCUGGUAAAGAUAGCAUCAUAUACCGAAUAACAAAUCCAAGAUAUAAAAAGGACCUUUAGCAUAUUUAUUAUUUAAACAUAUUUGAUAUCACUGUUAUUUAUAUUUGAUUAAAAAUAUACCAAUUACUAUUGAUGAUUAUAAAGUUGAAACCAUUUAAAUGCUAUGGGGAAUCAAUUUUUUCACUAUUCUUUUUUAACUUUGAUGCAUAUUUUUACCAUUUAAGAAUAAUUUUUAAAUUCAUUAUUUUCAUUUGUCUUUCUUUUUUAACUUAUAAUUAAUUAGGCUUUUGAUUUACAUCAUUUAAUAAGUCCCUCAGUUGUGUUAAACAUGAAUAAAAAUGAAAUUUAUUAUUCUUUUGAAUCAUUUUUUCUUUUUCUAUCAAUUUUGUUAUUCUAUAGGCAUAGCCAGGAUUUUAGGGAAGGAGCACUAUUCGGUUGGGAUCUUCCUUAAAUUUUAUUGGAGAUCUUUAUGUUUACCUAUUGCAGCUUAUGUGUAUUUGUAUUUCUUAAAUUGUAAUUUUUUUCACUUUUAAAAGAAAUUAUAGUUUUUAUUUAAAAAAAUUAACUUUUGCUUAUUUUUCUUUCAAA